AUGUUUUUCCCUGAAUAGGAAUACAAAACAAGUACUAAAGUAUUUCUAUACCAUAUAAUUUAGAGUGAAGAUGAAUUAAAGAAGUUAACUUUGGAAGAAGAUUUAAAUGAAUGUUAAAGAUCCUAUUAUAUAUUAACUAAAGGAUAAUAAUUGUAAAAGAAAGCUGUAUUAUUUAUCUUAUUUUUAGAUAUAUUCUAAUUUACAUAAAAUUCUUAAAGAACCUAAUGCUUUUGAAUUUCUCUUUUAAGUUAUAAUGUAAUAAUUUUAUUUUUACAUUUUUAAGAGAAGAAAUCUAAUAACAAGAAGAAGACAAUUAAAUUAUUGCUGCUAAAUCUCUAUAAAAGUUAAUAAAAUAAAAUUCAUUAUCAAUUCAUGAACUACUAUAAAUCUAUGAUUUGACAACUCAAAUAUUAAAAAUUUGGUCAUUGCCAGUUUUAAAUGAAUGGAUAUAAACAAUGGAUACUCUUUUAAGAACUAUUGGUAUUAGCAACAUUCUCAUUCCAGUUUAAUAAUUGAUUUUACUAUUAACUGAUAGUUCUUAACCAACAAUAUCUCGUUAAAGUGCUGCCAAACUUAUAGGUACAUUAGCAUAAGUAAAUUAAUAUUUUAUAUACAUUCUAAGCUUCUUGGAAAUGAAAUUAAAGGUCCUAUAUUAGAUAGAUCUAGAAAUUUAUGUUCAGAUCAUGAUAAGGAAAUUCGAUUCGUUAUGGCUGACCAUGUUUUAAUUAAAGUUUGUUAAUCAAUUUCAAGUGAUUUAAUAGAAUGUUAUUUAAUGGAAAAAAUUAUGGAACUCUAUUAUGAUAUAGAUUAGACUGUUAAAAGUGCCGGUAUGAAGUUAUUUUUUACUAUUGCAAAUAAUUUAUCAGUAGAUGAAAUUAAAAAUAGAUGUACUAAAUUAUUUAUCGAUUCAAUAUAAAGUCAAAAUGAGGAAAGUAAAUAAGUUAUGUCUAAAAUGUGUGGACGAGUAUUUCAUUUAGUAUUUUUAUAUAAUUAUCUCUAUCUAGAUCAAAGAUCAUUUGAAUUCAAAUUAACUCACACUUUUUUUAAACAUAUACCUAACAUAUGCUAAAAGUAAAAAUAUUGAAAUAAGACUCAAUUUUAUAAGUAACUUUCCUGCUCUUUUAUCUCUUGCAUCCAAGAAAUUUGAGUACUUUUAAGAACCUUAUUUACAAUGUUGCAAUGAUAACACUGAAGUUCUUAGUAGAACUAUAAUUAAUUCUUUUCAUGAAGUAGUACUACUUUCUGAAAAUACAGAUAUUUUGCUAUAGGUUUUUAUUAACUUUAUGAAAUCAAAAAAUUAAACAAUAUUGGAAAUCUUACUUUUAAGAUUUGCCUCUAUUAUAAACUCUUUUCAAAAAUAAGUAUUAUGUUAAUAAUAUGCUUAGUUAGUAACAACCACAACUUUGCCAACCAGCACUUGA